AAUCACUUCCUUGGCAUUUGCAUGUGAGUGAACGGGGAGUGUUUGCCUGUGCAGGUGAGUGUGUUAAAAGUAAGAAGCAAUACAGGCAGAAAUCAGCCAGCAUGCUGUUGUCUAAAGCUCUGCUAGCUCGAAAUUUGGCUACAUCUUUAAAGAAGCAACCUGCUUGCUUAAUGCAUCAGUCUGGUGACUGGGGAAACUGGGGACACACCAAUGUUGCCAUUGUUUUCUCAGGCUCAGGAUGCUGGGAUGGAACAGACACACAUGAAGCUGCCUACACUCUCUUUCACCUAAGUAAUUAUGGGGCCAAGUUCCAGAUGUAUGCACCCAACCAGCAGCAAAUGCAUGUGAUCGAUCACACUCGGAACCAGCCCAUGUCUGACGACAGCAGGAAUGUAAUGACUGAGUCCGCCCGCCUGGCCCGUGGCAAAAUUCAAGAUCUCUCCAGGCUUGACGUUAACAGUUUUGAUGCUGUUAUCUUCCCCGGUGGCUUUGGUAUCACAAAAAAUUUGUCUUCUUACAACAAUGAUGGCAAAGACUGCAAGCUCAACAAUGAUGUGGAAAGAAUUCUGAAGGACUUCCACCGAGCCCGCAAGCCCAUUGGUCUUUCAUGCACAUCACCUAUCUUAGCUUGCCGUGUACUUCCUGGGAUCGAGGUUACCAUGGGUCAUGAACGUGAUGAGAGCAGCCGCUGGGGACGUUGGCCAUACUACAGUAUGACACAAGCAGUGAAGAACAUGGGAGCCAAACACAUGAUCAGAGAGCCUUUUGAAGCUCAUGUGGAUGAGAAGAAUCGAGUCGUCAGCACACCAGCGUUCAUGUGGGAGACUGACUACCAUUACCACUACAUCUUUGAUGGGAUUGGCAACAUGGUGAAGCAUGUCUUACGUAUGUCUGGGAAGUAGAUGAACUCUGCUGCUCCCCACUGCCGCUAACCACCAGGCAGGUCUCCUGCAAUCAGAAAAAAGGGGUCUUGUAUGGAGGAGGAAAGUGAAAAAAGAAGUAGCUGGAAAUUAGCAAAGGCAAAAAUGAUGAACAUUUAAAUGUUGCUGUAGAUUUAAGAAGGUUGAACUGUCCUAUUUCAUUUUAUCUGCUAGUGUCUCAGACUGUCCAGCAGCGUCUGUAUAGGACAGCUUCAAACCUGCAGGAUGGUCUAGAUCUCCAGCAGCAAAAUGGGUCCUUUCUAAGCCUGCUUGUCAGCUUUGGGGCUAGAAGUUGAAGUCACAUGCAGAUGUGGUUUCUUGUUUGUUUCCCAGCAGUGAGGUGACAUUGGGCCACCCAUGGAUCAGUGGGUAUCAUACAGGGUCAUUUGUUUGUGUAGCAUUCUAAUUAGCUAAAAGUUGCAUGUGAAAACACAUGUAUGUCCUUAAUUUUCUGAACUGUGUGGGAGUUCUGUUGCUUGUUUGUACUCACACAGUCUUUGACAAUGCCUACGUUUGAAUCCACACGUGACACAGUUAAUCACUACCAUCCCUGUUAUUUCAAUGUUUAUCUCUGCCACUUCAGUGUGAUUUCUGCAGUGUUCAGUACUGCCUGAUGUUCAUGUUCCCUAAAUGUCAGUCUUUUGCAAGGACCUUUAGCACCAGGCUGCAUCUACUUUAAAUCCUGCCUUCCACAAAUGUAAUAAAAGGAAAACCAGUUUCAUUCACUGUAAUCAAAAAUGGGACUUAUUUUGACUCUGACUCUCUCACAACCCUGAAAUUAGUAUUGAAUAUGUCAAACACUGGCAUGUUUAACAGCCCUGACAAUUUGUAGAAUUGCUCACUACUUUAAUAAUGCAUGAUUAAAAAACUAUUACUGCA